CAAUCUGCCACUCCCCGCUCAGGCCUUCACGGGAGCGCGCCUGUAUUCCUGCGCGCAGUCACGCUUUACUACCAACAGGCACUUAACUCCAGGGAGGAAGUCACUGAGAUUGGGAAACGAGCAGCAACUCCAAACGUGCCAAAUAAAAAGAAAAAAAGAAAAGAAAGGAAAAACCUUACCAAGGGACGGGAGGAAGUGUGAACGCAGCAUUUCCCUCACUGGGAACAGUAAAAACACCUAACUUUAAUAUGGACUAGAGACGCUCGGUCGCAGCAGAUGGAGGCGGCGAGAAGUUUGCUGUUUGUCGGGGCCGUGCUGCUCGGAGUGACGGCCGCCUUGGGGAGAGAAGUGUGCCUGGGUACAGACAUGAAGCUGGCCCUGCCCUCCAGCCUCGACAACCACUCUGAGACCCUGCGGCUACUCUACACCGGCUGCCAGGUCGUCCAUGGCAACCUGGAGAUUACACACCUUCAUGGACAGCCUGACCUCUCCUUCCUACAGGGAAUUGUUGAAGUGCAGGGCUAUGUUCUUGUAGCCCAUGUUUCAGUGAGUUUGUUGCCUUUGGACAACCUUCGGAUCAUCCGAGGCAGCCAGCUGUACAACUCCAGCUAUGCCCUGGCUGUGCUGGAUAAUACUCUGAAUGGACAUGGACUCAGUACGCUUCGGCUUCGUAGCCUCACAGAGAUCCUGUUGGGUGGGGUGUAUAUCUGGGGGAACCCCCAGCUGUGCUUCCCAGAACCCCAAAACAUAAAGUGGGAGGACACCUUGGAUGUGCUGAACAUCCACGAUGGGCAGCACCAACUGCAGCCUCGGGCCUCUAACUGUCCGAGUUGUUCCCCUACCUGUAAGCAAAAGGGCUGCUGGGGUGAAACUGCACAAGACUGCCAAACCUUGACCAGUACUCACUGUGCGUCUGGAUGUCAGCGGUGUAAAGGCGAACUGCCCAAUGACUGCUGUCAUAUGCAGUGUGCUGCAGGAUGCACAGGACCCAAAGACUCAGACUGUCUGGCGUGUCGUCACUUUAACGACAGUGGUGUGUGUAAGGACAACUGUCCCCCACCCACUAUUUACGACCCCGUCUCCUUUCAGACCAAACCCAACCCAAACAAGAAGUUCAGCUUUGGAGCCACCUGCGUCAAGACAUGUCCUUAUAACUACCUAGCUAUGGAUGUGGCCUGCACUUUGGUUUGUCCUAAAGCCAACCAGGAAGUUAUCACCACCAAUCCUGAUGGAAAUGAAAUGCAGAAAUGUGAAAAGUGUGAAGGAGACUGUCCCAAAGUGUGUUAUGGUCUCGGUAUGGACAACCUUGGCGUAAUGGACAACCAUGCCAUCACCAUGGUAACCUCCUCUAAUGUGGAGCAUUUCAACACUUGUAAAAAGAUUUUUGGCAGUCUGGCCUUCCUUCCUGAGAGCUUUGAGAGGGACCAUGUGACAAACACUUCAGGCCUGACUUUCAAGCAGCUGAGUGCCUUCAAGAACCUGGAGGAGAUUACAGGUUAUUUGUACAUUGAUGCCUGGCCAGAGGACUGGACUGAUUUAAGUGUGUUUGAGAACCUGAAGGUGAUCAGAGGCAGGAUGCUCUACAAGGGUGUGUUUUCACUGGCCAUUCAGAACUUACACAUCCAGUCUCUUGGGUUGCGUUCACUACGCAGUGUCAGUGGAGGUUUAGUUCUGUUCCACAACAAUUCCCAGUUGUGCUACACCAAUUCCGUGCCCUGGGGAAGUCUCCUCCAUCCCACCCAGGGACCCCACUACAUCGUCAGCCAAAAUCAAUUAGCCAACGUCUGUGAGAAAGAGGGCCAUGUUUGUCAUCCGCUGUGUGACGGGGGCUGUUGGGGCCCAGGGCCAAGCCAGUGUGUAUCCUGCAAGGCUUUCCAACGAGGCACUGAGUGUGUAGAGCAGUGUGACAUCUAUCAGGGGUCUGUGCGUGAAUACAUAGAUGGAUCCUUGUGUGUUGCCUGUCACGCAGAGUGUCGGCCUCUCAAUGGCUCUGCCUCCUGUCAUGGCACGGGAGCAGAGCAGUGCACAGAGUGUCAGAACUUCCAGGACGGUGAGUCUUGUGUGGAUCAUUGUCCGAGCGGUGUGAAGGAGGAUCAGCAUACUGUGUGGAAGUACAGCAAUGCUACAGGACACUGUCUGCCCUGCAACACCAACUGCACACUGUCCUGUACUCAGAUGGAUGAGAGAGGCUGCCCCAUUCAUACCAAGACAGGACCGGUUACAACUAUCGCGGCUGCAGUCGGUGGUGUAGUGCUUUUCUUCAUCCUGCUGGCUCUGCUGGUCUUCUACCUGAGGAGACAGAAGAAGCUGAAGAGGAAGGAGACCAUGAGGAGGAUCCUGCAGGAGCACGAGCUUGUGGAGCCUCUAACACCCAGUGGAGCCUUACCCAAUCAGGCCCAAAUGCGUAUCCUCAAAGAGACCGAACUGAAAAAGCUCAGGGUGCUGGGUGCAGGGGCUUUUGGUACUGUUUACAAGGGAGUGUGGGCUCCUGAUGGGGAAAAUGUGAAGAUACCAGUGGCCAUUAAGGUUUUAAGAGAGAACACCUCACCAAAAGCCAAUAAAGAAAUCCUUGAUGAGGCCUAUGUGAUGGCGGGGGUGUUCAGCCCCUACGUAUGUCGUCUGCUGGGGAUUUGUCUGACCUCCACAGUGCAGCUGGUUACUCAGCUGAUGCCGUACGGCUGCCUCCUCGAUUACGUCAGGGAGAACAAGGACCGCAUCGGCUCCCAGUUCCUCCUCAACUGGUGUGUCCAGAUUGCAAAGGGGAUGAGCUAUCUAGAGGAGGUCCGGCUGGUCCACAGAGAUUUGGCCGCCCGCAAUGUUUUGGUGAAGAACCCAAAUCACGUAAAGAUCACUGACUUUGGUCUGGCUCGCUUGCUCGAUAUAGAUGAGACUGAAUAUCAUGCAGACGGAGGGAAGGUACCUAUUAAAUGGAUGGCUCUGGAGUCAAUUCUACACAGAAAGUUCACUCAUCAGAGUGACGUUUGGAGCUACGGGGUGACGGUGUGGGAGCUGAUGACGUUUGGCGCUAAACCCUACGACAUGAUCCCAGCGAGGGAAAUCCCAGAUGUUUUGGAGGGAGGAGAACGGCUGCCGCAGCCCCUCAUCUGCACCAUCGAUGUCUACAUGAUUAUGGUCAAAUGUUGGAUGAUUGACCCAGAUAGCAGACCAAGGUUCAAAGAUCUUGUGAAUGAUUUUACUGCCAUGGCUAGAGAUCCACCUCGCUACGUAGUUAUUCAGAAUGAUGAGCAGAUGAGCAUGUCCAGUCCAGUGGACAGCCAGUUCUUCCGGAUGCUACUGGAGGAGGAGGGGAACAAUAUGAGGGAACUGCUGGAUGCUGAGGAGUAUCUGGUGCCACAACCAAACCUCUUCCCCAGGACUCCGGGAGACGGGGCUCAAGCUAACGGGCCAUCCAGACACCAAUCAUACAGGCAGAGUAGAGAUCAGAGCUUAGAUGUUGAGCCCUCCAUUGUCGGUGGACCUCGCAGCAUGUACUCCUCCCUGAGCACUCUUGGCCGCAGCCAGUACCCCACCUUACCAUUAGGAGGCAGCACCUCCAAUGGCAUGUGGACUCCCCAGUACCCCACACUAGCUCGCAGUCCCUCCGCCAGUGGCCAGUCUGACUCUGUCUUCCUGGAUGGGCCUGCAGAGGAACACGGGCUGCCCCCGUCCAGCCCCGGACGUUACUGCAAAGACCCCACCUACCCCAACGACAGCCAGGACGACCUGGAGACAGACGGGCCAAACGGCUUUCAUCCUCAUCACUUUCAUCACUCACUGCCCAGACGAAGUCACGGGUAUAAUCAUAAUCAUGCCUUGCCAGAGUACGUCAACCAGGAAGUCCAAGAUCUCAGGCCAGGGAUCCCUGAGCGGCCCAGCACGCUGCCUCGUAAAGGCGCCAAAGUGGAGCGACGCCUUCCCAACGGCCUGAGCUCUGGUCACAGUGUGGAGAACCCAGGCUACUUGGUCCCCAUGAACUCCAGGGCAUCCACCUCGCCAGCCUUUGAUAACCCGUACUACCUUGAUCUUGUGGCUAAAGCCAACGCUGUAGCGGGGGCUGCAGCGGUGGACGGCCCUGGGCAACUGGAGCGAGACGAAGGAAUGCCCAGGCAGGUGAACGGGUUUGUGACCUCCACGGCGGAGAAUCCGGAGUAUCUGGGACUAGCGGACACCUGGAGUGGAUAUACUUGAGAUGGGGAAUGGAAGUGAUGUGAGGAACUUAAGUGGAGAUGCAGGUUGUGUUCGCGGAGUGAGAAAAUGGCAGAAAUGAGCUUAGGCUUGUUUGAAUUUGGGAAAAGUGUGCACAUAUGGAACUGAGACUUCUCUGGAGAGAAGAGAAGUGCCCAAAUAGAAAAAUAACAGUUGAGGGUGCACAGCAGAAAUCACCAAAUCACUCACUUGUGACACUACAUGACUCAGCACAGUGUAGCAUUAAUCUGGUGUCCACGGCAUAAUCUAUAUUCCUGUCUUCUCUGAGCAAUCUGUGCUCUCUAUGUGACUGGUAUCGGUGCCAAAAAGAAAAGAAGAAGUUUACUCAGCCACUGUAAAUAAUUCAGUACUUGAUAAGCAAAGGAGUUCACGUCUGUCAAAACCCAUCAUGGUACUCGAAGGAGAACUGGGGAAGAUUUUAAUCUCAGAAUCCAACAUUUGACUGGAUUAAUGAAUGCUGAUUUUUCUUUUUUUUAAAUGUUCAUUUUCUUUUACGUUUUUUUUUUCCACAUGUGAAGCAUAUUUUGUAAUUCCUUCACUUCCCCUGUGCAUCCUGAUAUGCUAGUCAGCCCAGCUAAACAGAAAAACAUAGAGUACUUUGACAAAGUGAGCCAUAAUAUGCAUUGAAGACGAUGUUUAGUAUUCUGGUCACUUUCUCCUGACCUGAUGGGGGUCUUCAAUACACUCAAAAGCCAUUUUGUCUUGGCCAGAGGAGGCCUUGCAGCCCAUCUGGCCAGUAGACGUGCUCCCUGAAAGAAAGGCAUCCUGUAUGUAGAAGACAGAGGCAUUGUGCUGCACUGAUGUAUGUGGUCGUUAGUGUCGUUGGUGGCUGCAGCUACUUUGUGGUACGACAGAUGAGGUAUGAGGUAGCAGCAGACUUUUUAGGCUGCAAAAAUCUCAGAAACUCUUUACUGGUAAUUAAGUUAACUUUUCAGGAAUGUACUAUUUUUCAAAGAUGAGUAUUUGCAUUUAAAUUAUGCACAAUGCACUGCAUGUUAGGAUACUACAUAUUUCCCCUCAGGCUUGUGUUAUCACAAUGAGCCUUUUGGUUUUGGUGGACGUUAAUAGUGCAAGAAAGCACUACAAGCUACUCGUGAAUAUAUUCCAAGAAAAGUGAAGAAUUUGCAUGUGUAUAUACAUGUACUUGUUACCCUUUAUGGAACAAAAAGUAGGUUUGCUGUUUGUAUUUUUAUGUAUAAGUGAGCAACGCACUAGACACUGGAGCUGAAUGUGAUUAUGAUGAUGCAAACAUUGCUGUGCUCGGUUUGGAUAAUCAAUGCAUGGCUCAAAUUCCACUCACUGAGAACCCACUGGCAUCCCAGUUAAUAAUCAACAGCAUUUUUUUGAAGAGUGAUUUUCUCUCUCUUUUUUCAUGUUAACUGGUGUUGGGCUGGGGGAGGUCAAACAGCGUCAAUGGAGCCAUUGUCUGACCCCCAUGUUCUUGUUGAAAAGUCAGCACUCUCCCAACUCGCUCGACCAGCAACUGAUGUUUUCGCAGCAUUGAAAAGGGAAAAAGAUUUUUGGGACUCUGCUGCAGAAUGUGGGUCAGUGUUCGAGGGUCGUAGUGAGGAACAUUUUUAAGGCUUGAAACAGGAUAUUGGGUGAUUUUUUUCCCCCUCUCUCCUGUUGCAUACUAAAACUGCAACUUGUCAUGCAGCUACUACUGAGUAAGACAUUUUAUAAACGUAAACCUCUCUGAGACAGAUAAUUUCUCAGAGAUUCUCCACUUAAUAACUUAAAUGUGCCCAGGGAAGAGUGGCAAGGGUGAGAGUUUUUUUUUAAAUGUGUACAAGCCCCCACCUUACCCCCAUCAUCAUGUCAGUUUUAAACUGAAGUGUGUGGGAAAUGAUCUUUUCAUCUUGAUGUUCUCAUACGGGUUUAAGGAAAAGUUUUGUUCCACAAUAACAUCUUUAAAAAUGAUACCUGAUUUCAUAUAAUAAUUUCUUACAUACUAGAAAUAUGUUUUUUUUAAUCAAAACAUAUUUGAAUACCUUCUGCUAUUAUAUACUAACAUUGUUCAGAAUUAAAUAUAUUUUUUUGAGUGAUAAGAGUAACAUAACAGUUUUUUAAUAUUUUUAUAUAUAAAGUGGAUUUAAGUGUUUUGGAAUGAAACCCUUCAUAUGUAUUGUUGCUGUCAGGUGAAUACCUCAUAGCUCCACGUCAACUUUUUAAGAGAAGAGCAGCUUUAAAGGACAGGUUCACAUUUUUCAAGGCUGUAUUAAAACUACAGUCAGGCGCUCAUAUGAAACAGUGCAACUGCUUUUUUUUUUGGCUAUAAUCAUUCCUCCUGUUCAUACUGACCAUUAGAAGAUCCUCUCCAGAAGUGUUUUAACUGUAAGUGAUGGGGGAUAAAAUCCACAGUCCUCAAGUUUAUCUGAAGCUAAUGUGCAGCCUCAGUCGGCCACAUUUUUCAAAUUAAGUGGAUUUAUUCCAAAGUUAGCAUGUUUUCAAUACAAAAUUCCCUGUUUGUGUUUCCCUGGACAGUGUCUUUUCUGUUGAGUGGCAUUGAGAGGAUAUUAACAAACCCAGGGAAAUUUAGAGUAAAAAGUUGGUAACUUAAACUUUUGGUUUUAUUAAUUUAAACAGGAAAAGCUUCAUAUUAGCUUCUAAUAAACUUCUAAAUGUUUUUGCACAAGCGAUGGGUGAUGGGUUUUUUCCCCAUCACUUACAUUGAUAGAACAGCUACUCUAAUGUCAGUCUGAACGGGAGGACUGAUUACAGCCAGCAAAGAUAUUCAUUUUAUCAAUGUUCAUAUAUGCAGUUGAAAAAUGUGAAUCUAUUCUUUUAUGAUUGACCAAAAUGCUUUUUUUGCAUUGAUGAUGAUUUUUAAAAGCCCCCCCCCCCCCCCGAAUUUGCGAAAGCACCCAUAGAUGCCAUUCAUCCCUCCAAAUUUCCAAAAGUUGAGUUUUAAACUAUCACAUAAAGUGCAGGAAACUUUUGAUUUGACAAGUCAGUGUGUAACUUCAAACAUGGACGUCACCGCUGCCUGAGGUUUUCCCAAGAUCAUAACAAUGUACUACGUUAUAGCACAGCUCACAGACGUUCCCUCUCCCUUUUUAAAGAAUGUGACGUACACCUGUAAAUACAAUCACAAUUAAUGUACUGGUGUUUACACUGUGGUGUCUUUUUUUGUGUAAAUUCAUUUUAGACGUCUCAUUGGAAUCUGACACACAAGAGAAAGCAAACAUCUAUUCGCCGUCCGCAUCUGUGCAGCGACUGAAACAUCUGUUUUUACUCUCAUCAGCCUUGUUGUUUUACAAAUGGGUAGAUAUAAAACCAUGGCAGUGCACUAAGUACAGGACUUUAUGAUUGGAAUCUGCUACAUGUCAGAAAUAUUCACGGUUAUUUGUUAAUUUAAACCGUAUUGCAAUGAGAUUGAGCAGAGGAAGCGUAACCCAAAUAACAACGGGGCCUGUGGUUAUUUAGAAGUCAGAUUUGACCAAGAGGAAUUAAGAUAAGAACAGUUAACUUAUGGGAGCGUGCUGAAGGUUUUAUAAAUUUAAAUAUCUGUAAUUUACAAUUUGAAGAAGAUGUAUGUUUUGUACUUUUCAUGUGAAUGUUUUUUUAAUGCAUCCUUUCCUACCUUUUUGGUCAGUAAGUCCCAUAAUGUAAGUGUGUGUGUGUGUGUGUGUGUGUGUGUGUGUGUGUGUGUGUGUGUGUGUGUGUGUGUGUGUGUGUGUGUGUGUGUGUGUGUGUGUGUGUGUGUGUGUGUGUGUGUGUGUGUGUGUGUGUGUGUAAAUCAUAUUGGUAGCUAAUUUGGAUGCAUUGUGACCGGUUGCUCUACUGUGGAGAGAUAGAAGGGAGGGGGGGCGAGUAAAUGCAUACGAGGAUAUUUGAUGAAGAAAUGGUCAUUUUUAUAUGGAAUUGUGUGCAUAUGCUGUGUGUGUUGUUCAAACUAUAAAAAAACAAUUAAACCUCCAA